UCAAAGAACAUCCGCCGAUAGCGUUUGCAAGAAAUCACUAAUGUCACCCGUAGGACGUUGACUGACAGUUUAAGCAUGCUUUUUAAUGAGCUAAUUAAAACGGCGGUAUAGUUUACCUUAAUUGUCCAUACAGUUUAUUUAACGGAAGUUUUGACAUGUUUUGAUCAUGUCACUUUUUAGUGCAUCAAGUAACUUCUCUCGAAAUGAUGCUCCAGCUUUACGGUUGUAUCGACAGAGUGAGAGCUCUGAUGAUGACGAUAAAAGGUUGAAAAGAAGAGAGAAGAACCGAGUUGCUGCACAGAGGAGCCGCAAAAGACAAACACAGAGAGCUGAUGAGUUACAUGAGGCGUACGAGUGUCUAGAACAGGAGAACAGCCUGCUGAGGAAGGAAGUUCAGCUUUUGAUAGAGGAACAGCAACGCUUGACAGAUGCCCUCAAAGCCCAUGAGCCAUUGUGCCGUAUCUUGAACUGUGGUAUGACCCCAAUAACCAGGUCCACAGGCACAGUGCCACCUGAGUUUACGUCUAGAUAGAGACUCUCACGUAUGAUGCUCAUGAUAUCUGAAUGUACAUUUAAUUACACGUUUACUUAACUUAAAGUGCUUACUAGCAGUAUUCAAUUUUUAUACUUUUUUUGUAUUCAAUUGAAAACAUUUAACAUACAGUAAACUUUUUCUUCUAAAAAGUG